AUGAUCUUUGAUUCAUUACUACCCCUUCCAUCGCUGCCUCAGGCCGAUGUCUUUUCUUACAUCUUUCACCAUGGACGGCGAGAUUAUCCCAAAGACCGCAUUCUAUAUCGAGUGGACGGGACUGAGGAGACGUUGACGUUGGGCCAAUUGGAGCAGCAAAGCCUGCAAUUAGCUCGCAGCUUGAAAACCGAAUAUCAAAUCCAACCUCAGGAUGUGGUGGCGAUAUUUUCGCAUGAUAUAAUCCAAUAUCCUAUCGCAUACUUUGGCUGUGUCGCUGCGGGAGCCACAGUGGCCCUGAUUCCCGUCCAGAAACAGCAAAAUGAGACGGACAUUUUCUCGCAUCUCAAACUGGUCAAUGCGAAGUUGAUUCUGACCGACCAAAAGCUUCUUUCCCUAACGGAGAAGGCAUUGAGCCAGUAUCGCGAGAUUCCGGUGCUCACUUUGGAUCGCGGAUCCGGAUCAACCCCGAAUUUGGAAGACAUCCUAACGGAAUCGAGAUGUCGCGAUGAUAGCCACUUCGUCCCCAUUUUCGAAUUGACUACUAAUGCUCAGGCGGAAGAACACACGGGAUUUAUCAAUCGUACCAGCGGUUCUACCGGCAGUAUGAAGUCCGUUCUGCCCGGACGAAGAUGUCUGGAUCUCCCCCUGUCGUUGGGCUUCUUCAUCAACGCCAAAUUGCAUAUGGGCCUCAAUAUCCUACUGGGAAUUCCUGUGGUGUUGAUGCGCGAAUCUCUCGAAUCAUCCAAUAUCGAUGUUAUCCCGCGUCACCGGAUCACGUUUCUCUUUGUUGCGCCCCCGUUGGCUGCGAAGCUUGCGUACGACCGUAGCGACACAGACCUGAGCAGCAUGAAAUGGAUCCUCAGUGCGGGCAGCCCCAUCAGUGAUGGUGUCCGUGAUGCCCUGUCCUCCCGCUUUGACGGACUGCCAUUGACGAUGGAAUGGGCCUCAGCGGAAACGAUGCUCCUCACCAUCCAGACCGAAGACGAAUCUUCCCGUCGGCCUGGAUCGAGUGGAACGCUGGUCAAUGGCAUGCAGGCCAUGGUCAUUAACACGGAAACCGGCUCUCCUUGUGGGGUGCGCGAUCACGGAGAACUCUACGUGCGCAAUCGGUUGGCACGAUUCAGAGGAUACAAGGAUAACGAGUUGGCCAAUCGUGCCUUCACCUCGGACGGAUGGUUCCAGACAGGCGAUUACGGGUAUAUAGAUGAAGACAGAAACGUGUACAUUGUCGACCGCCUCAAGGAGCUGAUCAAGGUCGGUGAGGGCUACGGAUCGCAUGUUUCGGCCGCUGAGCUGGAGGGGAUCAUCUUCGGCCACCCUGCUGUGGGCAGUGUUGUUGUGGUGGGAUGCCGGGAUGAGGCCGCCCAAUUGGACCGACCGACUGCAUUUGUUGUUAUGAAGCCGGAAUUCCGUGAAAAGCCAGAAGAGGCAAAAGGCGACAUCGAGCGAUAUGCAGGCGAGCGACUGACUGGCUUGCAAAGUUUGUCCGGAGGCGUCCACUGUAUCGAUCAGAUUCCGGUGACGGGAUUCAAGAUCAACCGGAGAGCUUUAAGGAGCAUGGCCUAG